GCGAGAGCACAGGCGUGGGGCACACCGGGGAGCGGACGCGACGGACCGGCAGCAGCACUGGGUGGCAGCGGCGGCACUCCUCGGUCGUUUCUCGCUUGGGAGAAGCCAUAUUAAGACCUCCCAGGACUGAGGGGUUCCUGUUCGUUUUUUCGGCUGCCGUGAAAAGGGAACUCAUUCACCGCCGAAUCCGGGAGUACAGUAACCGGUGGUGGGGAGGAGCGGGGAGGGAUGCGGUUCCAGUCCGACUCCGUGCGCCGCGCAGUCCGCCGCCGACGCUGGUGAUGCCCGCCGCGCGGGGAUCACCGCCCAGCAGCAGCAGCAGCAGCAGGAGGAGGUCGAGACAACAGGGCGUCGGGGGCCGAUGAUGAUGAUGAUGGUAAGGUCGGGAUCAUGGCCAACGGAACCGGUACUAUCAUGUUAAAAUGCGUCGUGGUCGGAGACGGUGCAGUGGGCAAAACGUGUCUUCUGAUGAGCUAUGCCAACGACGCCUUUCCCGAGGAGUAUGUACCCACGGUCUUUGAUCAUUAUGCAGUGAGUGUCAACGUCGGUGGAAAACAGUACUUGCUGGGACUGUAUGACACAGCUGGUCAGGAGGACUAUGACCGCCUGAGGCCGUUGUCUUACCCAAUGACCGAUGUCUUCCUCAUCUGCUUCUCUGUGGUUAACCCUGCCAGUUUCCAGAAUGUGAGAGAAGAAUGGGUGCCCGAGCUGCAGGAGUAUGCACCCAGUGUCCCCUACCUGCUCAUUGGCACCCAGAUCGACCUCCGUGAUGACCCCAAGACUAUCGCCAAACUGAAUGACAUGAAGGAGAAGCCCAUAGCUACUGAGCAAGGACAGAAACUGGCAAAGGAGAUUGGAGCAUGUUGCUAUGUGGAAUGUUCAGCAUUGACCCAGAAGGGCCUGAAGACAGUGUUCGAUGAGGCCAUCAUUGCCAUUCUGGCUCCCAAGAGAAAGAAGGGAGCUCUGAAGAGAAGACUGGGACCUCGCUGCAUCAACUGCUGUCUGAUCACGUGAUACAUCAACCCAGAGAUCAUUCAGCAACCAACCAUAAACCAAACCUGGAUUGAAGGCAAAAGACAAACAAAAGUAAAAUGCACAGACAGCAGAGUGAGACAAAAGAGAGGACUGAAAGGACAAAACUAGAGCUACUUUUAAGCUAUAGUGCUCUCGAAAGGCCAUAAGGUUCCCUCCUGCUGUCCGUCAUUGGGGUUGAGGAUGCAGUUUACUACCAAAGGAGCACAAAACCCAAGUCAGUCUCUUCUUCUUAAAGACUUUUUGGCUCCAAAGUACCUUCUUUUAUAACCAUUUUUAAUCAUUUUUCCUGUACAAAAUUGUUGUAUGCUGUCAUACAAAAUGAAACAAAAAACAACACAAAAUGACAUUUCAGUUUUAAGAGAAAUACUACAUUUAAUGAGUUCAUAAGAUUUCUAUGGUUUUGAAAGUUAGAUUAUUGAUUUGUAAAUUUGUCAAGAUAAGAUCAGAUCCAAAUUAGCAGAAAGCCUACAGCUGAUAAAUAAUGAGAGGCUGAUUUAAGUGACACUGUGAAGGUGCCCAGGAUAUAUUUCUGGACAUAAGGGCCCAGUUUUUUUUCGAUUUAUAACUUGUUGUUGGCCAACAGUCUGUCUCCAAUUAUUUGUCAUUUGAGGACCUGCAGAUUAAACCACAUGAGAGACUCUGUAAUGUGUAGGGGAUAACACAAAUCAACAAGAGUGAAAUGCUGUUCAGACAACAGAUGUUGGGCCUAGAACUGUAUUAUUUUAAUGUUUGAGAGUAUUGUGUUUUUGCCUUAUGAAAACCCAAUCAUUUUAUAGUAUGGCAUGCCGAAACAUACUGCAAGUUGAGACUGGGGCUGAGGUCUUCAUCAGAAACUGAAGAGAUUUAUUAUCCAUUUUUAAAAUAUAUAUUAUCCAGAGUUUAUGAUUCUGUAUCUCUAAAAUAGAGGUCAUCCAGUCUGUGCAAAUAUUGUUUUAUCAACUGAUAGCUUACCUUUUUUGUUUUAUUUUUUGUUACCUUGCAAUAAUGUGUUAUCCUUUUAUUAUCUUUAAGAACAUUUAGAACAGAGAAGAAGAAGAGAGGUCUCAUUUUAGAAAUGAAACUCAGAUUCAUAUAAAACAUCCAAAGAAUCAAAUGCAUACACUUUCAUCAAGAUCAGGUGGCUAAGGUGAUCCAAUACUGUAUAUCUAAUGCACAACAUGAAGCACAGUCUGCGCCACUUAAUUUCCCAGCACAACAAAGCACAUUUCUUUGCUUCUGCACACUAUCCCUGUCCUAGAAAAGGCUGAUUGAAGCACAAAAGAUGAACACUGGUCCAUCAGGCACAAGUAUGAGCAUAGCACACCAUCUUACCAUGAACAAUCAUAGUCCAUCACAACUCCAAAAUCCUUUCACAAGGUAUUGGGUGAAAACCUUGUAACUCCCAAAUGUCAGCUUUUCAGGAAAUACGGGAAAGACACACUUAUCCAAACAGUUUGGAAAGGGAACAAGAAGGAGUUGUGUCGGUUGCACCAGCCGUUUCUAAGUUCAAAUUUAGCCGUUAUAAAGUAAGUCUUUACUAAGUGGACAUUUACACAUUGCUAAAUUUAAACAGCUAGCACCACAGAACCUGGUACCCACAUAAAGAAUAGUUGUCACUAAAUAUUCACACCCAGUAGUUGCAUUAGCUAACUGAACCAGCUGACAAAGCUAAUGUCACGUUACUGUUCACUCUAUCGAGGGAAGAGUACAAGAUCUAAUAAUGGAAUAUGGUUGACCUUUGGCCUGACUUUUGAUUAAAAUGCUGUUUAAUAAUGAUAUAAACUGGGAAGAUUUUAAAUUAAACUGCCCUAAAACAUCACAAUACACAGUCCCACAAAAUGUUAUGCCAAUAAUGUUAGCUAGACUAAAUGAAGAAAAUAAUGCAAGUUCGGUUAGUGUAAUCAGAUAUACCCCACUCAUUCUAAAAUGUAUGAAUGCUAGUAACCCUGACACACGUUUUUCCUACCUACGGUUACAAGGAUUGGCAGUUAAUUGUAAUAUACCAUUCAGCCCCCUAAAACUCUAGUUUUUGGCAGUUUUGUUACAGCUACAGUGACUUUCUACAAAUAUAGCCUUGCAACGAAUGUACUCAAAAACUAGAAAAAACAUUUCUUAAGUUUUAAUGGUGCAACCAGAUUUAGUAAAUCACUGACUUGAACUACCUAGUAGUUACUAAGAACUUAGCUGGAACUUUCGAACACUUUCAAAGUGAUGCAUUUAUAAAUAGCUGGUCUGUAGAAUUCCAGUCUUUUUGUAGAAUUUUGAUUCAGAUUUUAGGUUAUGAGAUCCCCACAUGAAAGCCAUAAGGGAUUUAUAUAAUGAAUGGAAAUAAUUAGUUUGACCAGCACCCAUGCACCAAUCCCCUCUUUUUAGCAACAUUGUAGAUACAGGUUACCCCGUAAGAUUUCAUUGAUCUGUGUAAUAAAGUCACAUUCUACAACUUUUUGGAACAGAAAUGGAGAUGAUAUGUGAAGUUUACCAGAAUUUUGAGAAUACUUUAAAUAUCUGUAAACCCCUAAAACAGUUUUAUGCAACAAGGUUUCAGAUCUACAUGUCCAUCAUACUGUAGGUAAAUAACUUGAGGUUGGGAUCGAAUUUUCUUUUGCAAGCCAAACAUCCAAAAUAUCAGCUCUUUAUGCAUUACUCGCUGGCUUUUUCAACUUUUUUCUUAAAGAUAUUAAUCAAAGGUGCCAACUUGCUACAUGACUUCUGUAAAUUUUCUGUUCAGAGUCAGAUAUGAUUGAUUAAAAGCUUUAAUGUAAAUGGUGCUCCUCUCUGUCCCAGCCUGCGUUGUGUAACUGUAUUUUUGAGCAGAACAGUGGACUCCCGGGUGAACAGCCUUCUCUCACGGACAGUUUUGCUUGCGUACGUCGUGUGAAGGUCCACCCUCAGGAUCCAGGACCUAAGUGCCGCAGCCACCGAUGCAUUUUCCCGUUGAUGCUCCUCUCUUCUCAAUAAAUGUGUUUA